AUGGCUAAACAUAAUCUUCAUCGUCUAUUAAUUGCUCUUCUCCAUCUUUCUAUUUUCCUGAGUCUUAAUUCAUCCUCUUCAUCGGGCGCCAUUAUCGGCGGCGUCCUGAAUUCGCCGUCCUUUGCUACUUCGCAAACAAAAAGUCAGUGGGAAAGGGCCAACAAUGCUGCAUACGAAUCAUUAUCCAGGGCGCAAAGCAUCAAUUCUUUCCAAACAGCAAUUUCUACUCACAUUUCAUCCUACACAAUCUCUCUCGAUUUCGGUACGCCGCCGCAACCGAUUACGUUCUUGCUGGACUUAGGAACCAGCCAAACAUGGUUCCCCUGCACGAACGACUACAAUUGCUCCGGCUGUCAUUUGGAAAGCAAAAAUCCCGCAUUUAUUACAACUUUCAUUCCCACACAGUCAACUUCUGCCAAGGACUUGGACUGCAAAAACCAACUCUGCCAACAGUUCCACGAAGACGACUCUGAUUUCGCUUGCGACAAUGAUUCCCAAGUUUGUCCAUAUCAAUUUCAUUACGUAACUGGAUCAACUUCCGGUUUCUUUUUGUCGGAGACCCUUCACUUUGAUGAAAUAAACAUACCGAAUGUAAUCGUUGGCUGCUCAAUUGAAUCAUCCGGUGUAUCCACCGGAAUUGGAUACGUGGCAUUUGGGCGAGAACCCACUUCAUUGCCGUCUCAGUUGGGGGUCAAGAUGUUUUCGUAUUGCCUGGUGGCUCACAAAUUCAGUGAUACACCGAAAACUAGUCCAUUCACGUUGGUUUUGGAAGGCGUUGGAGUCAAUAACAGCAACUCCGAUUCCGGAAUUUCCUACACUCCGUUUGUGGAUUCCCCUGCUCGAUUCCCAACCUUCUAUUACGUUACCGUUACAAAAAUCACGGUCGGAGACGUCGACGUUCAAGUCCCGAGUCAGUAUCUCGUGCCGGGGCCUGACGGCAACGGAGGGACGGUAAUUGAGCCCGGAACUACUUUCACGGUGAUGGACGCGGAAGUGCAUCAAUUGGUGUUGACAGAGUAUGAAAAACAAAUGGGACAGUAUUAUCGUAGAGUGGGUGAUCUUGAUUUGGGGAAUCAGGUGAAUUUCACGUGCUACAACUUUUCCGGGCAGAAUCCGGGGAAUUUUCCGGCGUUGAGUUUCUACUUUGAAGGGGGUGGUAAAAUGGAAUUUCCGAUGACGGAUAAUUUUGAGCCGUAUUCGGACGUGGUUUGUUUGACUCUGCUUUCUGCUAAAGCACUGGGAGUUCAAUCCGGGCCAUCUAUAACUCUGGGAAAUUACCAGCAGCAGAAUAUUUACAUGGAAUUUGAUUUGGAAAACCAGAGGCUUGGAUUUAAGGAACAAAUUUGCUGA